AUGGCCGCGGCGGCGAUAUCGGGGGCAUCUGUUCCGGCAACCAGCGGUUUUAUUGCUACCAGAAAGGCCAUAUCAACAACCAGCGACUAUGAUGCUGCACGCAGCACGUCUGGUAUCCUGGCUGAACGUCCUAAUAACUACCUAGAUAUGCCAAUAUGCGGUGGCGUUGGUGCUGCCAGAUUACCUACAGCAGAAGAGAAGAAAAAGCUUGAACCUAUUGUAAGCGUCGCUUUCGUUAUGCAGUUACGGGCUCUCUGUUCACAGCUUUUCCAGUCGCUGCACACACAGCUCGGCUUUAAACCAACUAGCGUGGAAGUAGUCCUGGUGGCUACCCAACUCGUGGCUGGGACAAAUUACUUUGCUAAGGUUAAGGUGAAUAACGAUCACUAUGUCCACACACGUGUCUACGAGAAACUGCCUUGUUAUGGUGGAACACUGGAACUACAUGCUGUUCAAAUGGAUAAAACUGACACAGAUCCGUUGGAUUAUUUUUGA